UCGCGAGAGCGGCGGGGCGGUUCUCGCGAGAGCGGCGCAGGAUGGUGCUGCGGCGGGUGCUGUUCGCGCUCCUCAGCAACCCGCGGCUGAUCGAGAAGCUCUCCGAGUCGCGGCCCAUCCGCGCCGCCGCCCGCCUCACCGCCGCCGCCAUCACCCGCGGGCAGCUCGGUGCCCGCCAGGCGGCGCGGGGCCUGGGCCCUCGCCUGUUCCGCCUGCGCGACGCCUUCCUCGGGGAGCUCAAGGACGGCGCUCGGGCGCGGGGCUGGCCGUGGCCCCCCGGGCGCGGGCCUGGCCGAGGCGGUCGCCCCGGAGCAGCGCCCUGACCGCCGCGCCGAGGGGGAAGGCAGCUGCGGAGCCGCGGCCGGUGCAGCAUCCCGCCGGGGAGGAGAAGGAAACCGUGACCGCUUCCCCGCGCCAAGCGCAGGAGCACGAGUGCGUUAGAGCCGGCGGGUGAACGGGCCCCCGCGCCUCGGUGACGGCUCCUGGUGAGAGCCGGGGCCCAGCAGCCUCUCCUGAACCGGGCACGGCACACUGGCGUGCGGCGCCAGCCACGGAGGACCCCAGCGUUACCCCGGCCUGCGUGACGCGGAGCGCGAGGUGCGGACUGAUGCCGCUUUUCCAUAGCGUAUAGCCAUGAGCGGUUCCUGAGUCCAGGCAUGAAAACGUGAAGCAUGCUGCUUAUUGGUACGAUGGAUUUUCAUUUCAAAGUCAGUUUACACUUUCCACAGUACUCAGUAACAGGCAGAAGGCAGACUCACAUUAAACAUCAUCCAGAAUACUGUGAAGAUUGUCACUUUAAAUGCUUGAUAAGAAACUUGAAAUAAAAACAUUUCUCACUGGAGUCCAUUUAACGAUUUCUGUCUAUACAGCAGUAAUACUCUACAUUUAUAUUGCAACCUCAGUACAAAAAGACCUCUAACUGUCGAUGGGGAUGGAUAGGAUAAUUGCCUAUUUUACAGGUAGGUAAAAGAUUCAGUUGCUAUCCUAAAAGCACACCUCGAGCCUAUGGUAGCAAGAAGGGUUUAGGGGGGGG